AUGGUCUCAGGGGCUAUUAUUCCCAGGCCGGAGGCUGUUUCUUCAGAAUCAGCUCCGGUCAACCCUGGACAUCGUGUCACUAUCGUGGGGGAAGUACGAAGCAACCCCAGACCGGAGCCCACACAAUACGAUGCGGAGGCCAUUGUCCGCAAGCCUGUUCAUAUCAAGCGUCUCGGACUGACAACAGUAUAUGAGCCAGAAAACAAAUCAGCCAUCGUUGCCGAUGUUGUCUUCGUCCAUGGCCUGGGAGGCCAUCCAUAUGAAACCUGGCGCUACAAAGAAAAGGCAGUAAAUCCAAAUGGCUUAGCUGACGGCGACCAAGCAGAUGGGUUGAAUCAGCGUUUGGCCGCGCUUUCCCCAAAAGUAGAGGACAUGUAUUUAAGGAUUCUGGACAACCUGUCUCCAAAAUUUCGAGAAGAAGGAAGCCUGAUAUUCUGGUUUGUUUGCUUCGCUAGGCGUCCGCUCAAAGUCAAAGAAUUGACAGUCGCUGUGGAAACUAUGCUUCAAGUACGCAUGGAGCAGAGGCGAAGGCUGAACCGAAUCAGUUGUGAAGACUUCUCCAACCGAAUCAAAUCACGAUCUGGUGGUCUGCUGGAUUUUACCGACGAACAGGGGAAUUACCCACAUCAGGCAAGGUCAGUCAAUCUGACACGUGAAACGGUCAAGACAUAUCUCAUGGACUCCGGCUGGCUGAGAUCGCGCAUGUAUCGCAUCGGUGCUCUGGUUAUCAGCCGCGGUGCCAAGGUCGGUGCUCCCCAACUUAGUUGGUGCAUCAGAGAAGACUCAUGGGAAAUGUUCGAGCUGCAUUUUACUUACUUCCCUCCAGGUCUAUUUUGCGUGCCAACUGGAUUGGAGGGCAAUGACAGCAAUGUUGGGCCUCUGUGGCUCUUGUGCGUCGCUGCUCGAAAGGGUGCAUAUAUGAGCUCUGCACAUAUUCCAGAUUUCGGGAGGAAAUUAGACUUACUGCUUGAACCUGGCGAAGAUAUCAACGGCAUCUGCGGACCCGCACCGACUUUGCUACAUGCCACAUUGGGUUUUACCUGGAGCUCGAGAACUGUCGAUGAGGUUUUGAUCCGUACACUGGUCGACCGUCGUGCCGAUGUUAAUGCGCCCGCUCUUGAUUGGCAGACCUCUCCUUGUCGUGUGAAGAAACGCUAG